AUGAAUACUAACAAUGAGUUAUCAACAGAUAUUAUUAAUUUGAUAAAUACAACGGUAACAGAUGGAUAUAAUACUGGUUCAACACAAUCUAUGCCUAAGAAUGAUUUAAAAUAUAUAUUAUUUUAUACAAUACCAUUAUCAUGUUUAGUAAUUAUUUUUAUCAUUAUUACCAUUAUUCGUCAACGUCAUCGUGUUCUAGAUAAAUGGACAUCAUUAAAACGUAUGAGAAAUACGAAUCCAAGAUUUCUUCGAAGUGUUGGUUUACGACGUGAUUCAGAAUUUGAUUCAUUUAAUCAAGAACAUGUACAUUCAAUAUUAAGAAAUCAAGAAAAUUCAUUUAAUAAUGAACCACAAUAUCAAUUAGCAACUAUUACUUGA